ACAUUGGAAGAUCAAAUUGUGCAAGCUAACCCUGUACUGGAAGCCUAUGGUAACGCGAAAACCACGCGUAACAACAACUCGUCCCGUUUCGGUAAAUUCAUCCGUAUCCACUUCGGUACUACGGGCAAAAUUGCCGGAGCUGACAUCGAGCACUAUCUGCUGGAGAAAUCCCGUGUCGUGUCUCAAAUGAAAGGCGAGCGUAACUACCACAUUUUCUACCAAUUGCUUUCUGACUAUGACAAGUUGCUUGUACAGAACGACCCCGGUCUCUACUCGUUCAUCAACCAGGGUGAAUUGACCAUUGAUGGUGUGGACGACAGCGAAGAAAUGAAGCUUUGCGAUGAAGCUUUCGAAGUCUUGGGUUUCUCUGAAGAAGAAAAGAUGUCCCUGUUCAAAUGUACCACUUCGAUCUGUAACAUGGGUGAAAUGAAGUUCAAACAACGACCUCGAGAGGAACAGGCCGAAGCCGAUGGUACUGCCGAGUGCGAGAAGGUCGCUUUCUUGCUCGGUGUGAAUGCCAAGGACUUGAUGACUUCAUUCUUGAAGCCACGUGUGAAAGUCGGUACAGAAUUCGUCACCAAGGGUCAGAACUUGAAUCAGGUCACUUACGCUGUGAGCGCUUUGGCCAAGUCCUUGUACAACCGCAUGUUCGGUUGGUUGGUCACCCGUGUGAACAAAACUUUGGACACAAAGGUGAAACGUCAAUUCUUCAUUGGUGUGCUGGAUAUUGCCGGCUUCGAGAUCUUCGUAGAGAAUGGUUUCGAACAGAUCUGUAUCAACUAUACCAACGAACGUCUCCAACAAUUCUUCAACCAUCACAUGUUCGUUCUGGAACAGGAAGAGUACAAGCGUGAGAAGAUUGAAUGGACCUUCAUCGAUUUCGGUAUGGAUUUGCAAGCCUGUAUUGAUUUGAUUGAGAAGCCUAUGGGUAUUCUGUCCAUCCUGGAAGAAGAAUGUAUCGUGCCCAAGGCCAGCGAUCAAACAUUCUUGGCGAAAUUGUAUGACAAUCAUCUUGGCAAAAGCCCCAACUUCACCAAACCCAAACCACCAAAACAAGGCCAAAAGGAAGCCCACUUCGAAUUGCACCACUACGCUGGUUCGGUGCCUUACAUCAUCACUGGCUGGCUAGAAAAGAACAAGGACCCGCUGAACGAUACUGUUGUUCAAUUGUUGGGUGGCAGCAAGGAUGCCCUGGUCGCAAGCUUGUUUAUGCCUGUCCAAGGUAUGUUUCACUAUAUGACUAUCGAGUCUCUGAAUAAACUGAUGAAGAACUUGAACAGCACCAGCCCUCACUUCAUCCGUUGCAUUGUGCCCAACGAAUUCAAACAACCUGGUGUCAUCGACGCUCACCUCAUCCUUCACCAGCUCCACUGUAAUGGUGUAUUGGAAGGUAUCCGUAUUUGCCGCAAAGGUUUCCCCAACAGAAUGAUCUACUCUGAAUUCAAACAACGAUACUCCAUUCUGGCUCCGAACGCCAUCCCAGAAGGUUUCGUUGACGGACGCCAAGUGACUGAGAAAUUGUUGGAAGCGACGCAGUUGGACAAAUCCCUCUACCAAUGCGGUAACACAAAGGUGUUCUUCAAAGCCGGUACUCUGGCUAGUCUGGAAGAUAUGCGUGAUGAGAAAUUGUCCGCUAUUAUCAGCUUGUUCCAAGCCGAGAUCCGUGGUUAUAUCAUGCGAAAACAAUACCGCAAAUUUGUCGCCCUGACUCUGAUGCAACGUAACAUCCGUAAAUAUUUGAUGCUCCGUAAUUGGCCGUGGUGGCGUCUGUACACCAAAGUGAAGCCUAUGCUGAACAUUGCCCGUCAAGAAGAAGAGAUGAAGAAAGCCGCCGAGGAGUUGGCUAAACUGAAGGAAGAAUUCGAAAAGUUAGAGAAAACCAAGAAGGAAUUGGAGGAACAGAACGUAACUGUGUUGCAACAGAAGAACGAUCUGUUCCUUCAACUGCAAACCGAACAAGACAGUUUAGCUGAAGCACAGGAAAAGAUUUCCACUUUGGUGCUUCAACGAGGUGAUUUGGAACAACGUAUCAAGGAAUUGGAAGAGCGCCUGGCUGAUGAAGAGGAUACCGCUGCCAACUUGAAUGAGAUGAAGAAGAAAUUGAACAGCGAAAUCGAGGAACUGAAGAAAGAUGUGGAAGAUUUGGAAUCCUCUUUGCAAAAAGCAGAGCAGGAGAAACAAACCAAGGACAACCAAAUUCGCACCCUACAGGGAGAGAUUGCUCAACAAGAGGAAGCAAUCGCCAAAUUGAACAAGGAGAAGAAGGCGUUGGAUGAGCAGAACAAACGCACUCAGGAAGCCCUGCAGGCCGAAGAGGACAAAGUCAAUCACUUGAACAAGCUCAAGGCCAAAUUGGAAUCCACUUUGGAUGAGGUAUGUUCCUUGCCUAAAUGUUGUAAGAUGAAAUCCAAGUUGAACUCUGAAGUGCGCAAUUUGUCUAGCGACUUAGAUUCCCUACGUGAAUCUUUGGAAGAGGAACAAUCUGGUAAAGCUGAUCUGCAACGUCAAUUGCAAAAGAUGCAAGGCGAACUGCAACAGCUCCGUAGCCGUGGCGGUGGUGGCGGUGACGUGCGCUCCGAAGAAAUGGACGAGUUGAAACGCCGUCUGAACGCCAAGAUUCAAGAACUCGAAUCCGAGCUGGAAUCGACCAAAUCCAAAUGUGGACAACUGGAAAAGACCAAAGCACGUUUGCAAGGAGAGUUGGAAGACUUGAUGGUUGAUGUAGAACGGGCCAACGGAAUGGCCAGCCAACUGGAACGUAAACAAGCCAACUUCAAUCGCACUUUGGCUGAAUGGCAAAAGAAGUUUGCCGACUCACAGGCUGAAUUGGAAAAUGCCCAACGCGAUGCCCGCACCCAAUCGACUGAGUUGUUCCGCUUGAAGGCUCAACUGGAAGAAGCCCAUGACCAGAUCGAGGGUGUCCGACGAGAGAACAAGAACUUGAGCGAUGAGAUCCACGAUCUGACUGAACAACUUGGUGAGGGUGGCCGCUCAGUGCACGAAAUCGACAAGGCUCGUCGACGAUUGGAAAUGGAGAAAGAAGAAUUACAAUCUGCCCUGGAAGAAGCUGAGAGCGCUUUGGAACAAGAGGAAGCCAAGUUGCAGCGUGCCCAAUUGGAAAUGAGCCAGGUACGCCAGGAGAUCGACCGACGUCUUGCCGAGAAAGAAGAAGAAUUCGAGGCUACACGCAAGAACCACCAGCGCGCCUUGGAGUCGCAACAGGCUAGCCUGGAAGCCGAGGCCAAGGGCAAAGCUGAAGCAUUGAAGGUCAAGAAGAAGUUGGAGCAGGAUAUCAACGAGUUGGAAGUCGCUUUGGACAGUGCGAACCGCAUGCGUGCUGAGCAGGAGAAGAACGUGAAGAAGAUGCAACAACAGGUCCUUCAAAGCCAAUUGGAAGACGAACAACGCCAACGUGACGAUAUCCGUGAACAAUUCCAAGCAGCUGAUCGUCGUGCCACAAUGUUGGCUGGCGAACUCGACGAGCUGCGAACCUCAUUGGAACAAGCUGAACGUGCCCGCAAGAUGGCCGAAUCCGAACGUGCCGAAGCCUCCGACCGUGCCACUGAAUUGUCCACUCAAAAUGCCUCGUUGUCCGCCCAGAAACGCAAGCUGGAAGCUGAUCUGGCUGCCAUGCAAGCUGAUCUUGAGGAGGCUGCAAAUGAGGCCAAACAAGCAGACGAACGUGCUAAGAAGGCCAUGGCUGACAGUGCUCGUGUGUUCGAGGAGAUCCGCCAGGAACAGGAACAUACACAACAUGUGGAGAAGGCCCGCAAACAAUUGGAGAUGCAAGUCAAAGAAUUGCAAGCUCGUCUGGAAGACAGUGAAUCUGGAGCAAUGAAGAACGGCCGCAAAGCUGUGGGUAAAUUGGAACAACGCGUCCGGGAAUUGGAAACCGAAUUGGAAGCUGAACAACGCCGCCAUGGUGAGACGCAGAAGAACCUGCGCAAGGUGGACCGACGCAUGAAGGAAAUCGCCAUGCAGGGCGAAGAGGAUAAGAAGAACCAUGAACGAAUGCAAGAAAUGGUGGAGAAACUGCAAGGAAAGAUCAUGACUUACAAACGACAGGUUGAAGAGGCUGAGGAAAUUGCUGCUAUCAAUUUGGCCAAAUACCGUAAGAUCCAGAACGAAAUUGAGGAUGCAGAAGCCCGUGCUGAUGAAGCUGAACAGGCUCUACAGAAACUCCGUGCCAAGAACCGUUCGUCUGUGUCCGCUAGUCGAGGUGUCAGCGCCGCUCCAGCCAGUGGUCCAGCUGUAAGUCAUUCACUCGUGUAA